CCUGGAGCUGCGGUUCCGCUGUUACUGUCCGCAGUGUGAACGGCGCUGAGAGGAGGCGCGGAGCCGAGGAGGAGACGGUGACAGCGCCGCCCGGUGCGGAGGAGGAGCCCGAUCCUUACACCCAGGACACCGGCAGAGAGCGCAGCAGCCGUCCGGCGGAGCCGCACCUUCCCGGAGCUGUCCUUCAGCACCAUCCGGCGGCACCAUGGAGCGGCGCCCCGGGCUCUAGCAGCCUCCAGGAACCGCACGACAUGCCCGAUAGACGCCAUGGGCCAAGGAGGGGACGAGACCGACCGCAUCGUGAUCAACGUGGGCGGAACGCGGCACCAGACCUACCGCAGCACCCUGCGCACCCUGCCCGGGACCCGGCUGGCCUGGCUGGCUGAGCCCGAUGCCCACAGCCACUUCGACUACGACCCCCGGGUGAACGAGUUCUUCUUUGACCGUCACCCCGGGGUGUUCGCGCACAUCCUGAACUAUUACCGCACCGGGAAGCUGCACUGCCCGGCGGACGUGUGCGGGCCCCUGUACGAGGAGGAGCUCGCCUUCUGGGGCAUCGAUGAGACGGACGUGGAGCCCUGCUGCUGGAUGACCUACCGCCAGCACCGCGACGCCGAGGAAGCCCUGGACAGCUUCGGCGGGGGCCCCGUGGAUACCGGGGCGGAGGACGGGGACGGGGACGGAACCGGGGACUCGGCGGACGGGGAGGAUGAGCUGGAGAAGCGGCUGGCGCUCAGCGACUCCCCGGACGGCAAAGCAGGCGGCGGGCUGUGGCGGAGGUGGCAGCCGCGCAUCUGGGCGCUCUUCGAGGACCCCUAUUCCUCCCGAUAUGCGCGG